CGGAGGAGGAGCGCUUCUCUUUAAGCAAGUGGCCAAACCCUGGGGACUGAGACCCAGAGCUGAAGAGCCACAGCCUACUUUACCUCAUCACUAUGUCCCUGCAGGCAAGAUGAUAUCACGGCUGAAUGACAUACCCCAGAGACAUUAAGGCUAAUUUUGACCAGGCCGCACAAGACGUGAGGAAGCUGAAAAGAAGACCGGAAGAUGAAGAACUCAAAGAACUCUAUGGGCUCUACAAACAGUCCAUCAUUGGAGACAUCAACAUUGCAUGUCCAGUAAUGUUAGAUAUGAAGGGCAAGGCCAAGUGGGAAGCAUGGAGCCUCCAAAAAGGGUUGUCGAAGGAAGAUGCCAUGAGUGCCUAUAUUUCUAAAGCAAGAGAGCUGAUCGAGAAAUACGGAAUUUAGAACUUGGUGGGGAGACAGAUCUCCUUUGAAAGCUUUCAUAAUAGCCACAUGGUGUGUAGGGGGAAAUGCAUUGACAACUGUAUAAAUCAUGUGUAUUUUCCUAACAGCAUGGAUUCUAAUACUUUGGACUGUGUCAACAUAAUUUCCUAUUUUUACUUGCUUGUGAAAGGUGACUUUAAAAAGUCAUUUUGUAUUCUGCAUAUAAACUUAAAUAAAUAUCUGUUUCCUUUUUGCAUUUAAGUCUGUGUAUGGGUGUUCAUAUGCACACAUGUGGAGUCCAGAGAAUAACCUUGGCUGUUUUUCUAAGAUGU